CACAUGAAAUUGUGGCUAUCAAGAAAUUCAAAGACAGUGAAGAAAAUGAAGAAGUCAAAGAAACCACUUUACGAGAGCUUAAAAUGCUUCGCACUUUAAAACAGGAGAACAUAGUGGAGCUGAAGGAAGCCUUCAGAAGAAGAGGAAAAUUAUACUUAGUUUUUGAAUAUGUGGAAAAAAAUAUGCUUGAAUUGCUAGAAGAAAUGCCAAAUGGAGUUCCACCAGAAAAAGUGAAAAGUUAUAUCUACCAGCUAAUUAAAGCAAUUCAUUGGUGUCAUAAGAAUGAUAUCGUUCACAGAGAUAUCAAACCAGAGAAUCUCUUAAUAAGCCACAAUGAUGUUCUCAAAUUGUGUGACUUUGGCUUUGCCCGUAACCUUUCUGAAGGAAGCAAUGCUAACUAUACAGAAUAUGUGGCUACCAGGUGGUACCGCUCACCUGAACUCUUGCUUGGAGCCCCAUAUGGGAAGGCUGUGGAUAUGUGGUCUGUGGGCUGUAUUCUGGGUGAGCUGAGUGACGGACAGCCCUUGUUCCCAGGGGAGAGCGAGAUUGACCAGCUCUUUACCAUUCAGAAGGUGCUAGGCCCACUGCCAGCUGAGCAGAUGAAGCUCUUCUACAGCAACCCACGCUUCCAUGGACUGAGGUUUCCUGCAGUCAAUCAUCCACAAUCUUUAGAGAGAAGAUACUUGGGAAUUUUAAGUGGUGUUUUGCUUGAUCUUAUGAAGAACUUGCUGAAGUUAGAUCCAGCAGACAGAUACUUGACAGAGCAAUGUUUGAACCAUCCUUCAUUUCAAACACAAAGACUCUUGGAUCGCUGUGGAAGCUCACCCUCACGGUCAGCUAAAAGAAAGCCUUACCACGUUGACAGCAACACAUUAUCUAACAGAAAUCAAGCCAGCAAAAGUUCUGCUUUGCAGUCACACCACAGAUCAAACAGCAAGGAUAUACAGACACUAGGGGUUGGCGGGUCAAGAGAAGAAGGUCUUCCAGCAAAUGAAAGCUUUUUAAAUGGAAACCUUUCUGCAGCUGCACAUAGCCCAAUGCAUGCGAAGAAAUCAAGCAACCAGCCUGGAUCUGGCAAUAAAGACCUAGCCAACAAUAACAUGCCACAUCUUCUUAGUCCAAAGGAGACAAAGGCAAAAACAGAGUUUGAUUUUAAUGUGGACCCAAAAAGUUCCGAUGGUCCAGGCACAAAGUACCUGAAGUCUAACACCAGAUCUCAGCAGAACCGGCACUCAUUUAUGGAAACGUCUCAGAGCAAAACUGGGACGCUGCAGCCCGGCGAUAAGCAUAGUCGCCACAGCUACAUUGAUACCAUUCCACAGUCUUCUAAGAGUCCCUCGUAUCGGACAAAGUCAAAGAGCCAUGGGGUUCUGACAGACUCGAAAUCCGUGGGCAACCUAUCUGAGGCUAGGGCUCAAGCUGCAGAACCAAACAGCAGUCGCUAUUUUCCAUCCAGCUGCAUGGACUUGAAUUCUCCUACCAGUCCGACCGCUCCCCGCCAUAGCGAUAACAGAACUUUGCUCAGCCCUUCUGGGAGGAAUAACCGCAGCGAGGGUACCCUGGACACCCGAAGACCUUCAACCAGACACUCCAAAACAAUGGAGGAGUUAAAACUGCCAGAUCACAUGGAUGGAAGCCAUUCCCACUCGCUCUCUGCUCCGCACGAAUCUUUUUCCUAUGGCCUAGGUUAUACCAGUCCUUUCUCUUCACAACAGCGCCCUCAUAGACACUCUAUGUAUGUGAGCCGGGACAGAGUGAGGUCAAAGGGCUCAGAGGGUGGCUUAAGCGUAGGGCAAGGGAUGGCAGCCAGAGCAAACAGCCUGCAACUGUUAUCUCCACAGGUGCAGCAUAAGUCACUCACAAGGUCUGUUGGCUCUUCACGAGAAGACUGUACAGAAGAUACUAAUAGGCAGAGUGACCAGAUUCCAUCAGAAACAAAUUUAACAAGACCUCCAGUAAAAGAUUCCUCCAGAGAUGUUACAGCUGCAUUUCAUUCACGGCGAAAAUCUGAGGGUGGAGCAUAUCAUGAUCCACACACAGAAGAUGGAGCAUCUACUAAGGAAAAUAGAAUUCUGUAUAAUGAAGCUGUUCCCAGAAGAGUUGGCAGUUUUUACAGAGUUCCAUCUCCACGUCCAGACAGCACGUACAUAGAAAACAAUGUGUCAAACAGAGCUUCUGUACUGCCAGCAGACAGCAGCACGGUGGCAAACCACUCAAAGAGACAAACCACCUUUGAUACCUGGAAGAGUCCUGAAAAUCUUAACAGUCACUCUGAACAGCUUAAGGAGAAAGAAAAGCAAGGUUUUUUCAGGGCCAUAAAAAAGAAAAAGAAGAAAUCUCAAACCACAGACUCAACCAACGGGGAGAAUCCAAGCAUCAAGAAAUCCCUCUUUCCUCUUUUUAAUUCAAAGAAUAAUUUAAAGCAUAGUUCUUCUUUGAAAAAGCUUCCUGUAGUCACUCUACCCAUGAUGCCUGGCACUGAUGGUCAGGAUCUCCUGGCGUUACAGAAAGCCAUUCAUUCUUCUAAUCACCAGAGCAACAGGCAGAAGGAUUGGCAUCCUGAGAAGAUGACAGAAAUCCAGCCCCAUAGCCAGCCAUUAAAAUCCCUGCGAAAGCUGUUACACCUCUCUUCAAAUCAUUCUGUCCCUGCCGAGCCUCGCUUCCAGCCCUUACCAAGUCAGCCGGCCAAACCUGCUUUUUCUGAAGUGCGAAUUCACCCCAUGAGUCAAAGCUCCAGCAGCAGCAGCAGCAACGCACGGCAAGAGCCGCAGCCAAAGAGCCGGCCAACGCUGCAGAUCCCGAGCCAGCUGGAGCCCACCUGGCACGUCUCCCCCGUCAACAGGAGCGCCAGCGACGGGCCCCCCUACUCUGAGCAGCCUUCCAAGAGUGGACAGAACGGGCACACGUAUAACCGAACAAACCGGUCGCGAAUGCCAAAUCUGAAUGAUCUGAAAGAGACAGCCUUGUAAUUGCUCCAGAAAAUCGGCCGGUUCACAUGGAGGUCAGCGUAAGGGAGCGGUGGUAGUUCUGGUGAUGGUAAGACUGUACUUUCAGCUUUAUAAAGGUGUGCAAUAUGUACAUGUGGAGCUAUGCUGUUUGGCACCACAUUGAGAGUCAGGGAUUAUACAGUAAAAUGAGUCGAAUUAGGAAUCACUAGUCAUCAGAAGUGUCACUGCACGAGAGGCAGAGUGUGCCAUUUGGGGAGAAAAAUGUAUUGCCAUUUUCUCUCAUUUACAUUCCAGCUUAGAGCACAUCUCUGUUGGAAAGCUGGGAGAUUUCUGGUAUGUGUUGGCACUUAUAAGGGUGAAAACAUUCAUGUGCAGACCUAUGCCCUUACUACAUUUUUUGCUGCCUAGUUAAAACAGUGGGGUUUAUGUGAUAAAAGUGUAUCCCCGUUAAGGGUUUAAAGUUAAAUUGUGUGUCUUAAAUUUGUUUUUUAAACUUCCAUAUUUGAUAGGAUUUGUAAUAUUUAUUUAUGAUGACCUAAUAUCGUACUGUUAUAAUCAUAUCUUUUAUGUUAUAAUGUAAAGUUAUUUUGAGCUGUUUGAAACAUUGUGAAGCAGUGCAACAGCUACAGUAGUUUCUAUAAAAAACUAACGGUAACAUUUAUAUAUUGCAUCAGGAGUAUUUUAUUCUAUAUAUAAAUAUAUAUAUAAAUGGGAAAUAACUGUCUGUUUUUUAAAUAUACUCAUUUAAAAGAAAAGUAUUGUUAUGACACUAUCUGCCAUAUUUUUAUACAUUUGUGAUAUAAAGUGCAGUAUUAUACUUCUAAUAAAAGGAAGUUGAAUGUCGAUAUAAAUGUGACUGUAACAGUAUGAAUCUUGCUCAGCUACGAGAGCCCAGUAUUAUAGGAAUUACUGGUAACAAACAAAAGACAUCAUUCAAUUCCAAGCGUUAUUAUGGGCUAUUUUGUUGGAAGUAUUGGCUAAAUGUAAGAGACUGCAGAACUGUACAAUAAUCUAAAUGUGGUAUGUUCUCCCCUGUAUCCCUAGCUUUCCUAAUAAUACUAUUGAGAUUUCUGCAUCUGCAUCAAGAGACCAGAGCCCCAGAACGACUUGUGUUGGUGGUUGCUUUUUUUUUUCGCUCUAAAGAGAUAAAGUGCCCCAGGACUACAAGCUAAAGCAGGUGCUUCUCCACUUAAUAGUAGGGGUGAAAACCAAAGAAACAUAGCAUGAAUUGCAAGUGAAAUGCCACACUUUCACAUUUAAUGCAUAGCAUGGCACUGCGGAUCAUGGUAUGAGCUUUUAUGCAUAUGUGUAUUUUACAUCUUGUUAGCAAUCUAUUAACUACUAAGAUAAACACUGUAUUUAAAUUAAAAGUACUCUUGCACUUUCUAUUAUAUUUCAGGAUGUAUUUAAAGCUACACAUCUGAUAUUUGGAUGUUGAGGGAGAAGGUUGCCGAGCAGCUUAAUUUCUCCUUAGAUCUUACUGUCCCGAUAUUCCCAUACUCAGUUCAGUGACCAGUCUCAGCAAAAUACUAGAUCUUGGGUUCCAGUUUCCUAUACAGCAUUGUCAAAACUGCCUUUACAUUGGUGAACAUCAAGUGUAGCAAAUAUAUAACCUGAUUCCUCUGUUGCUACUGGCAAAAUAAACUAGAGUUGAGUCAUUAGGAGUUAAAAGAAUUAUGCUGGUCUAAACUUUUGUGCAAUAAGAGGAGAGUCAGGCCUGUAGUGUCAGAACAAUACAAUCUUUCCUUUUUAAAUUCAUUCAUUCAACUCCCUCAUUACUCUGCAGCAUAGUUCCGUUUCUAUAUUGUGUCCUCAUCAGACACGUGUACCUGCAAAUAUGUUGUCUGUUCCAAAAAGAGAUUAACCUGAAUGUAAACUUGAUGAUUUAGCCAUAGAUGUUAACAGAAGUAGCUAGACAGUAAGAGCUGAACUUCUUACUUUGAUACAAUGCAAAUUGGAUGUGACGUUCGGUACCUCUUGAAUCAUACCAAAGUUCUAACAAUAACUAAUUUGGCACCACCACUUUAAAAUCUUUCAUAUAGAGUACAGUAUGAAGGGAUGGUACAUCAGGUUUGUCCAGGGCAAGAAGUAAGUCUACUAAGUUAGAAAGACUACAAAAUAAUAAGAAUUCUUUGUCAAUUGCCUGCAAGAAAUGUGUGUGUGAUUUUCUAUAGAUAUUUAUGGUAUAUACUAUAUUUAUAUAUGCUGUAGUAUAUAAAUAAUAUAUUUAUGUAUCAUAUAUAAAUACAGUAGAUAUGAAAGGAUACUCAGAUUCUGAUAAGUUCAGUGGGCAUCCGGGAAAGACAUUGUGAUAUUUACUAGUCUUUAUGAUCAAGGGAAUAGCAUUGUAUUUUAGAAGUCUCUUGGAUUCCCUGGUUCAUUACAACCAGUUUACUCCUGUUGUCUGCUUUGAAAUGAGCUGAUGCCACUGAAAUCCCUCAUGAGAGUGUUGCCUAAGAGUGGGGCUCUAAGCAGUACAAUGUGAAUGCCUCCGAGUGAGCAUUCAUACCAAGCUCUUCUGUACCUUAUGGAUAUAUUUCCUUUUGCUUCUACAAGAAUUUUAUAUUGAUUGUAAGAGCUUCGUGCCAGAGAUGAUUGUACUGGGCUGUACGUGGCUAUUCUGAUUUCUGUCAAGGAAAAAUGUUUCCCAAGGGUUGGUUGGUUCUUUUUUUUUUUCUCCCUCAGUACCCAUUGAGUUGAAUCAGGGUAAUCUCUUGACUGUACAUAGAGCUGUUUAAAGUAGUUAGCAAAGCUUCAAGAGUGACCUAAAGAAUGUUCAAGUGUUUGGUGGCCCAUAUUUACAAAAUGUUGUGUCUACUUUCGUACUGCUUUUUCUUCUCAACAAACCACAACAGAUUUAAUACCAAAUUGUGUUGGACAUACGUAGUAUUUUCUUUGUUCUGUUAGAAAGACCUUACAGCAGAUGAAUGAACCAGCUGGCGCUGAGGUAAAUUGUGUAAUUUUAAUCUGGUCUAACUUCCAAAUAUUCAGAAUAUCACUAAUUCUGCUGUAAUUCUGCUGAAGCUUCCAAAGGAGUCUUAUUAUAUGGCUAAGAUUUGCUGCCUCAAUAAAGGAGAAGAAAAUUACAGAGCAAACAAUUUUAUAAGCGAGAGCUUUCCUCUUCACUGGUCUUGUGUUCCAUGUUCUAUGGAUUUACUUAUUAUAAAUAAUAUUAGUUAAACCGUGUUUUAUUCCUUGGCAAACUGCUUUGCCUUAUUAUGGCAUCAUUAAUGAUGUGAACAGUAAAGAAACUAAGUUUCAGAAAUGAAUUACAGUCAUUUUGCAGAACUCAAGCUGCCUAAACUUGUCUAUGUUUUACUAUAGCUCUUGUUAACUGACAUGAAGCACCUUAAGCUCAUCUUAAUUGAAACUGUGCAAAACGAUGUGAAUAAGCUGUCCUUUUAAACUGCCAUGAAAAUACAUUAACCUAAAGGAACAUGUGUUGUUAACAGACCUGACCACAGAGAGCAGUCCCUUAGGGCUAUUUAACGCUUUUUGCUCUGUUAUCACAGUCCAAGAUCCAUUGCUCCUCUGAGAGGCCGCCAGCAGCAGGCACCAGGCCAAGUUCAUGUCAGGAUGUCAGUACUUCCUGAUCUGGUCCAGUCUUUCUGAAACGUUCUCCAUCCCACAGGGUUUGGGACUGAUACCAAGCCUUCACUUCUGAUACCAAGCCAGACCCGCUUAAAUGGAUGGAUCCUGAUGCCACUCUGUGUACAGAUACCGGUUCUCUUAGACCAGUGUUAAAGCAGGCCACAAACUUCCAAACUUAGAAUACACUUUCACAUCAUCUUCAGGCUUGUUGCCUUUUUGCUAUACUAGCUCGUGUCUGGGAGCCAAGCUGUCAACCAGUAGGGUCCUGCGAUAGGCCUUCAGCCAGUGCUUGUUACUGCAGUCAGGUCUCCUAAAAGAUGAAUCUUAACAGUGUAAAAAGCCACAUACCAACCUUUGUUCACCCAGAACAAGCUGUAUGUUCUUCACAGUUCAGUGCUGUGGUUCCUUGUAAUAAAGGGAACUCUGAAAGCAAUGCUGACAUCUACUUAGCUAAGAUGAAAAACAGGCACUUUUGAGGGGAGCUUUGAGCUAGAAGCACUGAAGGUUUUUUGUUCAUGUUCUGGGGUUUUUUUUGUUGUUGUUGUCUUAAAACAUUUUGGUAGUGCAACAUGCUUCAAGAAUAUCUGCAUGCAAUUACUUUUGUAUGUGCUGAAAACUGUCAGAGUAGAACUGGGAGAAUAUUUGAAUCUCAGUCACACAAAAGGUAUUACAAGGAUAGCCAUAUAUAAUAUACUGCAAACUGUGGGGUGGCAAUGAAUGUUUCUUUUAUCCAUUCCAGCUGUCAUGCACAAUAUGGUUAUUAAUGGGAUUAUAUCACAAACCACAGGUUCCACAGGUUUGGGCUGUUGUUCACGUAUGUAGGCCCACCAUUUGAAAUAGGAUUAGGAGUGUCACAGAAGAUGCUUGGAAAGAUGAUGUGCCCUAUUAAACUGUUUUUAAAUGACCUUUAAAUCAGGACACUAUUUAAGAACAGGUGCCUUUCCCCACAUAGCUUCCCCCAGUGGUGUCACGAUAUUAACCAUUCAUUAACGGGGUUUGUAGUAAAUCAGGAGAAAAGCCAUUUAACUUUCUGGCCUUUGUUAAAAAGGGAACAAUUUGAGUAAACCCUUUUAAUACAACACACCUUGGAAGUUCUAGCUGUUGGCUCGUUUCUGAGACAGACAGCACCUUGUUUCUUCAGGCUCCCUUGGCUGGUGAAGGCUUGUACACGCCACUUGGUUCAGAUGUUGUACUGAAACAGUUGUUCUCUCACUCUGCAGUCAUGAAGCAAAGUUAAUGGUAGUUAAGCAAAGCAAAUUUUAUAGGAGAUCCUCUUUUAAUUUGAAGGUAAAUCCUGUCAUAGAUCAUCAGUUGUCUCAGCAGUCUUUUGUUACAGCUACUGCAUGAGACAGGAUAGGUUACAUGUGAAGUUAAUUUGCUCCAAGUUAUGCUGGGAUGCUCACUUGUUACCAGGAGUAUCACUGUAUGCAGCCAACUGCGUGGAGCAGAAGUUGGCUUUCUUGCCAACCUAAGCAGAAGAUGCACAGAAGUGAGAGAAAGAGCCCUCUAUAUAUCAGUGCUGUUGUUCCAGCAAGUCAUUUCUCAGGCUCUUUUUAGAAUGUAACCUGUGAAUGUGACUCUUAAAACAUGGCUCAAGAAUCUGAACUUGGAAUGUAGACUAAGGCUAAGAGUGACUCUACGCAUCUCUUGUCUUCUCUACAAGUCAAUCUACCUCCUCUCUCUUGCAGAAUGUGGUUGAGGUUUUGUUUGUUUAUUCUGAGUUUAAUACUGACUCUAAAUUUUGAAGAAAAGUAUGAAAAGAUUCUUCCUCUAGGUACUGUUAGCAACCAAGUAAUAAAAUUUUGAUGGGCCUUCAUCCAAUACACUUCUAAAACCUCCAAGCCAUCUCAGCUCUCCUAGAAUCCUGACACCAUCCUUUGCACUGCUUUGCAGUCUUCCCUUGCUCUUCCCCAUGUGGUUCUCAAAUAUUGCAGUUGCCUUGUUCUUUGUUGUUUCUCUAGUGCAGUUUAUCAGGGAGUUAGAGGCCUUAUCUACUACUCCACCCUGUUUGCUGUUUUAUUCAAACAGCUAUCCUUAGACUUGCUCAGGAGUUUCUUCACUUUUAUUUUCCAUUUCAUCUGGGUGAGAUACCUUACCUCAUUGUGCCCCACCAAAACAGACUGCCUUCCAGGCUUUCUGUUCCACCGGGUCUCUGUUUUCACAGAGCAUUGUUUCUCUGGGUCCAUUCUGAGAAAUGCAAGGUGGCAUCUUAAUUGUAUAGGCGUAUAAAUGCUUUGUGAAGUAACUGCUUUCGUAGAGCUUUCCAUUAGCAAAGUUACAGCAUGUUCAUAGCGCGAGAUGGAAGAUGUUAUUCAAGUUUCCUGUAGCUUAUGAACCUCUUGGUGUAAAUUCUUGACUUGUAAAUCCAAUGGCAGAGCUUUUAACUGUUUAGUAAGGCAAAACUUUAGGUGUAGUUAACUGUCUUGGCUUCCCUUUUCUUACUUUUUUUUCCUCCAGCUAGUGCACAUCUUAGUACACAUACUGAAGAAUACGUCUAAUCAAAAAGAGUAACAUCCAUAUGUAUGUGGUUUACAAGGAACAAUGAGCUAAAAUCUUCCACGAAAACGUAAUUUGUUGGAAAUUCUAUGCAGGUGUUUUUAAAUCUGGUUGACCUGAUAAGGACUUCCAGGACUGCUUAGAUCUCCACUGUGAAAUACUGAAUUCUGAAUUCAUUUCAUUUGGCAGAAAGAAGGAAGAACUAAGUUAGGAAGAAUGGGGUCUUUUUUCACAAUCACUAUUCCAGAAAUAUCUGAUUGGGGUGUGACUUUCAAAACUCCUACAUUAUGAUUCCCCAAUACUUUUAACAGCUAUUAGAAAUCCGAAGCGCACAGAUUUUUAGAUCUACCGUGCUUUCUGUUGUGGAAGGAAUGUGCUGUGGUGUUAAUCUUUUUAAUCCUGGAAUACAAAUUGAUUUUAAAUUGUGCUGAAUAUUUAAGGAUGACUUCAUGCAAGUUAAUAAACCAUUUGUAAAAUGUUUGUAUACAACGCUUUGUAUCAUGUUGUUGGUACACCUUACCAAAUUUUUUUUGGGCAUGUAUUCCAUUCUUAACUUCUGUAAUAUUUAUAUUGUUGCUGUAAAUAUUCUAAAAGAGAAAAAAAAAUCCUGUGGUAACCUUAAUUAUCAGCAUGGAAAUGGUUAAUUUUUACUGAGCACAAUGUAUUUUUGAAUGGGCCUUCCAAAAUAUGUCUUUAAUAAAAAUGCAGAUUUUGCACUAGAAAAUUG